CUAGGCCACUUCCGAUUCAAUGACGACUGCUGUUAUGCUACUAUCAAAAUAGGGAACAUGACUGAGGGAAUCUAGCUACUGGUGCACUGAAAAUCCCCUCAAAUGCUGCGAUAGUAUAUCAGGUAUGUGAACAUGUUUAUUAACUAGUUAUAACAGUAAAUACUUGCCAUAGUCCAGUACAGUUUGAUAACUUGUUAGCUUGAUAGAAUCUGUAUUUUGAGGAAUUAGCUAGCUAGCUACUCAUGCUAACAAGUAACAAUAAUGAUUGCUACAUUUCAUCAUGUGAAACUGCUAAAAUGAUGUCAGUAAGCUAGACAAACCCGUAUAGUAGCUAAUUACUAGCUAGCUAAUAUCCUUCAUAAUCAUGCAUGGAUUGAGUGUCUUUGCCAGCUAGCUUACUUGAUAGCACGAUCGAGCCAUGCCACUUCAGUUCAGACACAGUUCUAAGUCAAGGUGACAUGUUCCACAAAGACCAGCACGCGCAAUCUAGACAAGUACAAUGUAGUUAUGUGCUUGGAAAUGUAGCUAGUUAUUCAUAGAACAACAUUCAUUUCAAAACCGGUAUGCUUUUUCGAUUAAAUUAGCAUUUUGAUGGUUGUCACUAGUAUCCACAGCCACAAAGUCAAAAUUGGCUAUAAUGAAAACAAAAAUGUGCUUUUUGGUCUUUUAAUUUAAGGUUAGGCAUAAGUUUAGCAGUGUGUUUAAGUUUAGGGUAAAGCUUAUGUUUAAAAUCAGAUUUUAAGAAUAUAAAUUGUAUGAUUAGGUGGAGUUUAGUUUAUGACUUUGUAGCUGUGGUAACUAGUCACGACUCCAGCCUUGUGCCCAUCGUCAUCUGACGUCACUACUGUCACAUGUCGCAACCUGAGCAAUGUUCUUUCUCCUCUUGUACGGUAUGUGACUGAAUUUGUGACCGGUCUAGUAAAGCGAAUGGCGAUACCCCACAUGGCGUACUACUCUAAAUCCGUAGGAUGCCUGUGUGUAUUUGACCUAGCUGUCAGUAGAUACUAAGCUAGCUACAUUUACACAGUACACAUCCUAUUUUGUGGGACUGGGGCAGCAGGUAGCCUAACGGUUAAGCGCAUUGGGUCAGUGGUUCGAAUCCCCGAACCGACUGUGAAAAAUCUGUCGAUGUGAGCUCAAAUUUCUCAUGUAAGUCACACUGGAUAAGAUUGUCUGCUAAAUGAUGGAAGCUGCACAUAAUAACCAUUGAGUGCUGUAGCUACAAACCUAGAGCAUAGCAAAUACCUUUUGGUUCUGUUUUGAACACAUAUCUGAUGUCAUAGCAACAUACCUUUUGGUUCUGUGUUGAACACAUACAGUAUCUGAUGUUAUCCGACCUACAUAAAGGUCUCAGUCCUAUUAUACCUGUUAUCCUGAAAUACCCCUCUCUCUCCCUCCCUCCACCUCUCUUCCUCAGCAGGGUUGAGUGUGUGGGUCAGGUGUGGAUGGAGUCAGCAGCAUCUGAGAGCACCCAGCAUAGUUUUAUCACAGACAGGACAAUCAGAAGAAGUCAGUGUUCAGACCAACAGCCUGCACAUCGGCAGGCAGGGGGAGAAUGGUCAAGUACUUCUCUAACGACGUAGACAUCAGGACCACGUGGGACCAUGUCGUCUCUGCCUUCUGGCAGCGGUAUCCCAACCCAUUCAGGUACAGGACCUCACAAUGACCCUCAUUUUAUGGUGGAUGCCUCUAUGAUUUGGUGAGAUGUGCAUCUAGUAGGAGAGGGACGGGAUAUGCCUAUUUUCCAUUGAGUAACAAACUCCAGACCCAUCGGAAACCUGUCUGCUCUCUCCUACUAUCAGCUGUGAAUGUGAAUUUGCACAAAUGGCACAAACCGUCAUUCUAUAGCCAAACUUUGCAUCUGCACUGUUUAAGCAAAUUUGUUUUAAAAAAUAAAUAAUUUUCAGUGGUAAUUGUUAAAAGUAGUCCUUAUGCAUAGUUGAAUGGUUUGUUUAACUUUGCAAUCAGUGGUUUUUGUUUGAUAUACAUUCUGAGUCUCAGCAUCAUUAUGUUACUGUGGAAUUGCCCUACUCCCAAUCACAGUGAGAUGAUGGUAUCUGACGCUGUUACAGAUCAGAGUUUAGAAAACAACAGUGAGAGGAUUUUAUUAAGAUGGAGAACUGAGUAUGAUCACAGUAGAGAAGUGAUACCAGCUUUGUCAGAUCAGAAGGAAGUUGCUCAGUCAGUCAAGUGCUUAAUUUGGUUUGUAUUAAUAUCUGCUCUGUAUUUAACCCAACCAUCUUUCCUUUUAUUGCGUGUCCUAAAGUAGGGAUGGGUCGAGUACCUGAGUACUCGAUUCAAGGUUUGCAUUCGAUAGCUAUUAAAGUACUUGAAAUGUACAAAUCUGCAACUAUUUAGCAGGUUAAAUUCAUAAGAACUGACAAUGUUAAAAUUUGUAUGUGGAGUAUGUCAAGUGGCGUGAAAAUAUGUUAAAUGUCGUUUUCAGUUGUCAGAACAACUAGUUAUUGGACCAACUGAUAGCAUACCGCAAACAUUGUGUGUGUUCCCGUACAUCAGCACCCAUGUUCUCACGGAGGACGUGGUGUUCCGGGAGGUGACGGCAGACCAGCAGCUUCUCUCCAGACGCCUGCUCACCAAGACCAAUCGAAUGCCUCGCUGGGCUGAGUUCCUCUUCCCCUCCAACCUAUCACGCUCCGUCUACAUCGUAGAGGACUCCGUCGUGGACCCGGUCACCAAGAGCCUCACCACGUACACCUGGAACCUCAACCACACUACGCUCAUGGUGAGGUACACCCCAACAUAUGCUCCAUUCCAAAUCAACCCCUAGCCCCUACACCAAGAAGUGGCUAGGUAGUAGGGGCUAGGCGUCAAUUUGGAAUUCAGCGAUACUGGUUCCCAUAGCUAAGUGGGUGGAGCAUGGUGCUUGCAACACCAAACAUGUGGGUUUGAUGCUCAUGCAUGUGUUUGUGUUAGUACGUGUAGGUUUCUGUAUAUGUUUUGCUAGGUUGGUUGACGGUCAUGUCUUUUUACAGUACACUGACUCAACGCAAUGGAGUAUCUUGUAUUUCUUAGAAAUAAGUGUUCUAUCAUUAGGAGAUGGUAUCAGUACCCCCGCCACCACCACAGAAACAGGGAACACUUUCACACGCAGUGAACACACUGUGUUUCCCCUAUUGCAUUUCUUAAGUCGUGGCUGCCACUGCAAAAAAAAAGAAGGAAACCCUGACAUAAUUAGUACUGACUAAGAUAAGAAUGUAUCUACAUAUUAGCACAUAGUCUACUAUUGAACAGAGACUUUGAGAUGUACGUCUACAUGAAAACGUCUGUCCAAAUAAAAUGAGUUAUUAUUGCAUAUCUUAGAUACGGAAUGAAAUUUUUUUUUCCUCAACGGUUUAGACUAGGUCGGUAUCUGACCCUUCAUGACCUCCAGUGGUUGACCUAUAUUACAGCCACAAGACCCUAGACAUUUCCAAGAAAGUGCCCUCUGCGUUGCCCCGCCCCCCUGAGACACUGGCUUGUUUACUGGUCGAACUUGUUUGUUUUCUAUAGCAACCGACGGUAUCCAAGCCUACAGCACAAUGAAUACACUGUUUUCCAGAGAAAUUCCUUCAUGCGGAAACCCACAACGUUUUCCAUUGUAUAUCAUUUGUAAUGUCUCAAAAAAUAAAUCUUCUGCACAAUUUCUGCAGUCUGGCUGGGUAUUGGUUCAGACUGGUAAACCCUUGACUAAAGAGACCCAGACAUGAAAUGUAUUGUUGAUGGUUUUCUGUUUCUCAGGGACCUGGUUUGUUGGAUGAGAAAGAUAUGAAGUUGUGUAACCUCCUUUGUUGAGUCAGCAGGGUGGGUGGAUAUCUCAUGGUUUACAUCUCAAAUCUCUACGAGAGUCAGAGUUCACACUCCGUUCUACGGUUAGCAAUAGAACAAGGCUUUUAUGUGAGAGACGAAAUGAGACACUUUAUCUCACCAUACCUGGUCAAUGUCAACUACACCUACACUACAAUCAUACAGAUAUAGUUGUAUGAUUCAAGCAAGACAUUCACCAUCCCCUUCCCACUAUGUAUUCAUCUCAAGAUCGCCAACACUUGACGCUCUGUGGUGUGGUUAAAUUCAAAACUGUUGACACCAUAAGGAAACAGCCUGCGAAACGGAAGGGGCUAGACACCUACAGUUGAAGUCGGAAGUUUACAUACACCUUAGCCAAAUACAUAUAAACUCAGUUUUCCACAAUUCCUUACAUUUAAUCCUAGUAAAAAUUCCCUUUCUUAGGUCAUUUAGGAUCACAACUUUAUUUUAAGAAUGUGAAAUGUCAGAAUAAUAGUAGAGAUAAUUAUUUAUUACAGCUUUUACUUCUUUCAUCACAUUCCCAGUGGGUCAGAAGUUUACAUACACUCAAUUAGUAUUUGGUAGCAUUGCCUUUAAAUUGUUUAACUUGGGUCAAACGUUUCGGGUAGCCUUCCACAAGCUUCCCACAAUAAGUUGGGUGAAUUUUGGCCCAUUCCUCCUGACAGAGCUGGUGUAACUGAGUCAGGUUUGUAGGCCUCCUUGCUCGCACAUGCUUUUUCAGUUCUGCCCACACAUUUUCUAUAGGAUUGAGGUCAGGGCUUUGUGAUGGCCACUCCAAUACCUUUACUUUGUUGUCCUUAAGCCAUUUUGCCACAACUUUGGAAGUAUGCUUGGGGUUAUUGUCCAUUUGGAAGACCCAUUUGCGACCAAGCUUUAACUUCCUGACUGAUGUCUUGAGAUGUUGCUUCAAUAUAUCCACAUAAUUUUCCUUUCUCAUGAUGCCAUCUGUUUUGUGAAGUGCACCAGUCCCUCCUGCAGCAAAGCACCCCCACAGCAUGAUGCUGCCACCCCCGUGCUUCACGGUUGGGAUGGUGUUCUUCGGCUUGCAAGCCUACCCCUUUUUCCUCCAAACAUAACAAUGAUCAUUAUGGCCAAACAGUUAUAUUUUUGUUUCAUCAGACCAGAGGACAUUUCUCCAAAAAGUACGAUCUUUGUCCCCAUGUGCAGUUGCAAACCGUAGUCUGGCUUUUUUAUGGCGGUUUUGGAGCAGUGGCUUCUUCCUUGCUGAGCAGCCUUUCAGGUUAUGUCGAUAUAGGACUUGUUUUACUGUGAAUAUAGAAACCUUUGUACCUGUUUCCUCCAGCAUCUUCACAAGGUCCUUUGCUGUUGUUCUGGGAUUGAUUUGCACAUUUCGCACCAAAGUACGUUCAUCUAUAGGAGACAGAACGGGUCUCCUUCCUGAGCGGUAUGACGGCUGCGUGGUCCCAUAGUGUUUAUACUUGCGUACUAUUGUUUGUACAGAUGAACGUGGUACCUUCAGGCGUUUGGAAAUUGCUCCCAAAGAUGAACCAAAUUUGUGGAGGUCUACAAUUUUAUUUCUGAGGUCUUGGCUGAUUUUAUUUUGAUUUUCCCAUGAUGUCAAGCAAAGAGGCACUGAGUUUGAAGGUAGGCCUUGAAAUACAUCCACAGGUACACCUCCAAUUGACUCAAAUGAUGUCAAUUAGCCUAUCAGAAGCUUCUAAAGCCAUGAUAUCAUUUUCUGUAAUUUUCCAAGCUGUUUAAAGGCACAGUCAACUUAGUGUAUGUAAACUUCUGACCCACUGGAAUUGUGAUACAGUGAAUUAUAAGUGAAAUAAUCUGUCUGUAAACAAUUGUUGGAAAAAUGACUUGUGUCAUACUCAAAGUAGAUGUCCUAACCGACUUGCCAAAACUAUAGUUUGUUAACAAGAAAUGUGUGGAGUGGUUGAAAAACAAGUUUUAAUGACUCCAACCUAAGUGUAUGUAAACUUCCAACUUCAACUGUAUGUACCUCAUGCUCCUCUCUGCUAGUCACCCAAACCACCUUUUAUAUGGUGUGUGUGCACCAUAAAUCUUGAUAGAGUGAUAUAUAUCUCUAUCAAGAUAUAUGGUGCUGUCAACUUGAUAGAUGAGCACCAUAAGACACACACACUCUCACACACACACACAAAAUCACACACACCCCCCCCACCAGAUUAUACCCGCCGUCUAGUUAACACAAAGCAUUGUGGCGACGUGCUAGCGUGCGCUCUGUUUUGAUUCCACUUGACGCCGGUGGAAGAAGAGGAUGACUCAUAGCACUAGACAGAUGGAACAACUUUGUAAUUAUCUCCAAGAUCAGAUUUCGGAAGAAAAUGUCAGAGUCUUCCAAAACACUGUUGUUAUUACUAUCAUCGCAUGCAACCGGUUACCCAAAGUAAAGUGGACUUGAUAACUUGGGUUCUUCAUUCACUUUGCAUUGAAGUUGUUUGCUUGUUCUUUAUGUAUUGUGUCCUAUAGUCGAGGGCAGCAAACCAACACCACCAGAUUAACACCUCUCCUCUACCGUUCUCUCUCUCCUUCUCUCCCCUUCCCUCUCCCCUUCUCUCUCUCUCCCCUUCUCUCUCUCCUCUCACCUUCCUCCUUCCAUCCCUUCCUCCUUCCAUCCCUUCCUCCUUCCAUCCCUUCCUCCUUCCAUCCCUUCCUCCUUCCAUCCCUUCCUCCUUCCAUCCCUUCCUCCUUCCAUCCCUUCCUCCUUCCAUCCCUUCCUCCUUUCUUUCCUAGACGGUGGAGGAGCGUUGUGUGUUCCAGGAGUCAGAGGACCGGCCUGCCUUCACGCUGCUCAGACGAGAGGCUUGGAUCUCUUCUGGAGUCUACGGCUUCUCCAGGCCCAUCCAGGUACAGCACAGAUGUAGUACAGAACAGCACAGUACAGAACAGCCCCUGCACAACAGAAUACAGUACAGCCCCAGAACAGCUAUAGGAUAACACACCAGAGCACCACACGGUCUCCCUGUAGGGAUAGUCUACAUCCAGGACUAAAGUAAUGUAUUCGAAGCAGACCUGGGUUCAAAUAGUAUUUGCUUUCUUUCAAAUACUUUGAGAGUUUGAUUGAGCCUGACUGGGGUGCCAAAUGAGUGUGGUUUGCACUUUUAGGACUACUCCAUUGGUGACAUUGCGCCAAUCAAGCUCAAACAAGUGCAGCUAAAAUAUUUGAAUGGAUAACAAAUACAAUUUGAACCCAGGUCUGAUGGAUAUUGAAUACAUGUAUAUGAGGCUCAGAGGACCACUACACUACAGCAACAUAUUUUUAGUACCUCACCUCCAGUUCACCUCCAGUUUACCUCAGGACAGACUACCCCUUUUCAUCACCAAAGUCAUGACUGAUUUAAUGGGAGCAGAUAUUGAAUAGCUGCAGAGCAGCAGUACAUUUGGAUUUGUAGCCUGGGAAAUCAAUUUGAAGGAUCUGCUUGCGGUCGUUGCUGGACACCUAUGAGAACAUAUGUAUGUAAUCCAUCUAUAACAAAAGCCCUUUUUUUUUCUUUUUUUUGUCAGUCUGAGUUGAAAAACAUAUUUUCCCUUCAGUUCGACCCAGAUAGUUGGUCGACAAAUCUAAAAGGGAGGCCCACAUAAGUAUUUUCCAGCUCAGCAAGCUAGGCAUUCUGUCUGUCUCUCUCUCUCUCACUCACACACACACACACACACACACACACACACACACACACACAGAGGGUUUAUAGGGUCGAGCAAUAGCACAAAAGAGUAAAAGCGUGGAAGCCAGUGUCUGCAGAUGCCAAAACAAAGAAAUAGUCAUCUUCCACCAGGAGUUGGAAAAGAGCAAGAAUAGAAAAAAUGCCUAUUUAUUUUAGCCUAUUAUUGUUGUUGUUAUUGUUGUUUUUAGCAGUGUGUGCCAGGCUCGACUGCCCCUAGAGAGAGAAAGGGAGGGAGAGAGAGAUGAAAGAGAGAGAAGUAGAGAUGAAGGGAAAGAGAGAGCUAGAUGGAAGGAGAGGGAGGGAGGGAGGGAGGGAGAAAGAAAGAAAGAGAGGGUAAAAGUACACUGCUGUUGUUCUCAUGUCUCCCAAUUGAAACCCUGCUGUUUCCUGCCAUGUCCGUCUGUUCUGUUUCCCAGGAGUUUGGCUUGGCCCGCUUCAAGAGCAACCAGGUGAAGGCCAUGAAGGGCCUGGAGUACGCUCUGUCUAACUUACACGGUAGGUACUGAAGUAGGAGAAGCAGGAAACCAAACAACUUUAUUUCUGGGGGGGGGGUUGGAGGCGAUGGGCAAACUUUUAGAGGGAAAAAGUUAUAUUUUGGGGAGAUUGGUGCUUUCCGUCAUAUUUUCCACAUUACACAAAGUACCAAGAAGUCUGCCAAAGUCUCCUCAUGGCUGAUUGUCGUGGUCUGAAGUGAAGUUGUGAAAUUAAUCACAGCUCCCACCCACCAAUCAACUCUUAGCACUAACCCUCCCAUCAUGCCUUUGGGUGAGCAGACGCCAGAUCUCUCUCCCCUGGAAGUGUAACACACACACACCACACCCACAAUCGUCCGUGGAUAAUCAGGCCGUGAUUGCAUCGCCAGACGGACGCGUCUCUCGAAGUCCUUCGCCGAGUAUAUGAUGAUAAUGAUUACUGAUUUACUGCAUGUCUGAGUAUGGCCAUUUUCUCGUCUCGCCCUCCCUAAAGAUAGACAUAUACAAGUUCCCACUCUCCUUAUUGAACAAGGCUGGUUGAUUCAAUGAUCCACCGAUUCAACCGUUUAUCUGUCUAUGUUCAGAGGCUGAAAACAUCCCAUGUGACUAGCUGAAGCCGUAUAGUCACAGACCAGUGUUUUGUCCCACACGUUGCAUUGCGUGACUGCACCAUAUGCCUACAGUGCCUUCAGAAAGUAUGAAUUACCCCUUUGACUUAUUCCACAUUUUGUUGUGUUACAGCCUGAAUUCAAAAUGGAUUAAAUAAAACAAUAUCCUCACCCAUUUACACACAAUACCCCAUAAUGACAAAGUGAAGACAUGUUUUUAGAAAUUUUAGCUAAUUUAUAAAAAAUGAAAUACAGAAAUAUCUAAUUUACUUAAGUAUUCACACCUCUGAGUCAAUACUUUGUAGAAGCACCUUUCGGCAGUGAUUACAGCUGUGAGUCUUUCUGGGUAAGUCACUAAGAGCUUUCCACACCUGGAUUGUGCAACAUUUGCCCAUUUAUUAUUUUCAAAAUUCUUCAAGCUCUGUCAAAUUAGUUGUUGACCAUUUUCAGGUCUCGCCGUAGAUUUAAGUCAAAACUGUAACUUGGCCACUCAGGAACAUUCACUGGCUUCUUGGUAAGCAACUCCAGUGUAGAAUUUGGCGUUGUGUUUUAGGUUAUUGUCCUGCUGAAAGGUGAAUUCAUCUCCCAGUGACUGGUGCAUAGCAGACUGAACCAGGUUUUCCUCUAGGAUUUUGCCUGUGCUUAGCUCCAUUCAGUUAAUUUUUUUAAUCCUGAAAAACUCCCCAGUUGUUAGCGAUUACAAGCAUACCCAUAACAUGAUGCAGCCACCACAAUGCUUGAACAUAUGGAGAGUGGUACUCAGUAAUGUGUUGUAUUGGAUUUGCCCCAAACAUAACACUGUGUAUUCAGGACAAAAAGUUAAUUGCUUUGCCACAUUUUUUGCAGUAUUACUGUAGUGCCUUGUUGUAUUCUGUACAGGCUACCUGCUUUUCACUCUCAUUUAGGUUAGUAUUGUGGAGAAACUACAAUGUUGUUGAUCCAUCCUCAGUUUUCUCAUAUCACAGCCAUUAAGCUCUGUAACCAUGGUGAAAUCCCAGAGCGGUUUCCUUCCUCUCCGGCAACUGAGUUAGGAAGAACGGCUGUAUCUUUGUAGUGACUGGAUGUAUUGAUGCACCAUCCAAAGUGUAAUUAAUAACUUCACCAUGCUCAAAAGGAUAUUCAAUGUCUGCUUGUAUUAUUACCCGUCUACCAAUAGGUGCCCUUCUUUGCGAGGCAUUGGAAAAAAUUCCUGGUCUUUGUGGUUGAAUCCAUGUUUGAAAUUCACUGCUCGACUGAGGGACCUUGAAGAUAAUUGUAUGUGUGGGGUACAGAGAUGAGGUAGUCAUUCAAAAAUCAUGUUAAACAUUUAUUGCACAAAGAGUGAGUCCAUGCAACUUAUUGUAUGACUUGUUAAGCACAUUUUUACUCCUGAACUUAUUUAGGCUUGCCAUAAAAGGGUUUGAAUACUUAGACUCAAGACAUUUCAGCUUUUCAUUUUUUCUUAAUUUGAAAAAAUUUCGAUAAAUGUAAUUCCUCUUUGACAUUAUGGGGUAUUGUGUGUAGGCCAGUGUAACAAAAUCUCAAUUUAAUAGAUUUGAAAUUCAGGCUGUAACACACCAUUUGGAACAAGCCAAGGGGUGUGAAUAAUUUCUGAAUGUACUGUAUGUCUUCAACCAUCAGUUCAUAACAGAUCAAUCACAGCUGUCCAAUGUUUGGCAAUGGCGAUGGUAACCAUGACGGUGAAGAGGUCUGUGUUCUGUCUGACAUUGUCCUAGUGUCACGCUGAGGCAGCAGACUAGACAGACAGACACACACACACACACUUUUAAAAGACCUAUAGGACAUAUUUCCAUUGUUGUCUUUGUCCCCUCUGUCUGUGUGCAUCAUGCCGUCACUACAGCUGGACUAGGCCUCAGGCUUAUUGUGGUGGUAAGUACAGUACUGGGGUCUGUCACUAUGGCUGGACUAGGCCUCAGGUUUAUUGUGAUGGUCAGUACAGUACUGGGGUCUGUCACUAUGGCUGGACUAGGUCUCAGGUUUAUUGUGAUGGUCAGUACAGUACUAGGGUCUGUCACUAUGGCUGGCCUAGGCCUCAGGCUUAUUGUGAUGGUCAGUACAGUACUAGGGUCUGUCACUAUGGCUGGACUAGGUCUCAGGUUUAUUGUGAUGGUCAGUACACUACUGGGGUCUGUCACUAUGGCUGGCCUAGGCCUCAGGCUUAUUGUGAUGGUCAGUACAGUACUAGGGUCUGUCACGAUGGCUGGACUAGAUCUCAGGCUUAUUGUGGUGGUCAGUACAGUACUAGGGUCUGUCACUAUGGUGACGGUAUGGCUACGUUCCAACAUCCAAACUAGUGUACCACUUGUCCAAUACAUAGACUGUGUCUGAAAUGGCACCCUGUGCCCUAUCUAGUGCACUACUUUAGCCCUAUGGGCCCUGGUCAAUAGUAGUGCACUGCACUAUAUAGUGGAUGCCAUUUCAGACACAACUGUAGCUUUAUCCUAAACAGUAUGCUUUAAAUCAAAUCAAAUCAAAUCAAAUUUUAUUGGUCACAUGCGCCGAAUACAACAGGUGCAGACAUUACAGUGAAAUGCUUACUUACAGCCCUUAACCAACAGUGCAUUUAUUUUAAACAAAAAAGUAAGAAUAAAACAACAACAAAAAAAGUGUUGAGAAAAAAAGAGCAGAAGUAAAAAAUAAAGUGACAGUAGGGAGGCUAUAUAUACAAUAGAAUAAAGUGACAGUAGGGAGGCUAUAUAUACAGGGGGGUACCGUUGCAUAGUCAAUGUGCGGGGGCACCGGCUAGUUGAGGUAGUUGAGGUAAUAUGUACAUGUGGGUAGAGUUAAAGUGACUAUGCAUAAAUACUUAACAGAGUAGCAGCAGCGUAAAAAGGAUGGGGUGGGGGGGCAGUGCAAAUAGUCCGGGUAGCCAUGAUUAGCUGUUCAGGAGUCUUAUGGCUUGGGGGUAGAAGCUGUUGAGAAGUCUUUUGGACCUAGACUUGGCACUCCGGUACCGCUUGCCGUGCGGUAGCAGAGAGAACAGUCUAUGACUAGGGUGACUGGAGUCUUUGACAAUUUUGAGGGCCUUCCUCUGACACCGCCUGGUAUAGAGGUCCUGGAUGGCAGGGAGCUUUGCCCCAGUGAUGUACUGGGCCGUACGCACUACCCUCUGUAGUGCCUUGCGGUCAGAGGCCAAGCAGUUGCCAUACCAGGCGGUGAUGCAACCAGUCAGGAUGCUCUCGAUGGUGCAGCUGUAGAAUUUUUUGAGGAUCUGAGGACCCAUGCCAAAUCUUUUUAGUCUCCUGAGGGGGAAUAGGCUUUGUCGUGCCCUCUUCACGACUGUCUUGGUGUGUUUGGACCAUGAUAGUUCGUUGGUGAUGUGGACACCAAGGAACUUGAAGCUCUCAACCUGUUCCACUACAGCCCCGUCGAUGAGAAUGGGGGCGUGCUCAGUCCUCUUUUUUUUUCCUGUAGUCCACAAUCAUCUCCUUUGUCUUGGUCACGUUGAGGAUAUUGGAUCUGAGCCAUGCGUCUGUGACACCCCCCCGUCCCAACCCCUUGCUGGGGGAUGAUGUCAAAUGCAUGUCUGGUAGUAGCCUCUGUAGCCAUUAGCAGCCAUUUCUAGAACAAUCUCUAGUAUCCACAGUAGUUGAGGAACAAUACAGUCAUGAUUCCCUUUGGCAUCAAUGUGGACAGACAUGACCAGCUAUUCUAGAGCAUUAGAUCCUGUAUUGUGUUUCUGUGGUUAUCUGUAUGUAGCUGCUGCAAAUACUAUAGCCACUGAGUGUACAAAACAUUAGGAACACCUUCCUAAUAUUGAGUUGAAUCCCCUUGUGCCCUCAGAACAGUCUCAAUUCGUCGGGUCAUGGACUACAAGGUGUCGAAAGCGUUCCACAGGGAUGCUGGCCCAUGUUGACUCCAAUGCAAAUAGUUGAGUGUGUAAAACCCAGCAGCGUUGCAGUUCUUGACACACUCAAACCGGUGUGCCUGGCACCUACUACCAUACCCCGUUCAAAGGCACUUAAAUCUUUUGUCUUGCCCAUUCACCCUCUGAAUGGCACACAUACUCAAUCCAUGUCUCAAUUGUAUCAAGGCUUAAAAGUCCUUCUUUAACCUGUCUCCUCCCCUUCAUGUACACUGAUUUGAAGUGGAUUUAACAGGUGAUCAAUAAGGGAUCAUAGCUUUGACCUGGUCAGUCUGUCAUGGAAAGAGUGGGUGUUCCUAAUGUUUUGUACACUGUGUACCGUCAUUUUGCCCCGGUUGAUGCAAGUGUAUGUAGGCUGAAUGAAUCCUAACUUCAGAUGAAUGUCAAGGGGGAUUUUCUUUUCUCAUGAAAAAUGUAGUUUAGCCCACACAUACCUAAAGUUAUGAUUCACAUAAUCUUCCACUCUUAAAUUGAUUUGAUGUAGCUUCUGUGAUAUUUAAUUAUCCUGUUCAGGCGACGUGAACAAAGGACAUUUUCUAGUUACACGCUUUUUAUUAAUUAACUUACUUGGAGAAUAUAAUAUUACCUCCGGGUGCAGACCCCCUGCCAUACCAUUCCCCCACAUAGUUCCUAGCUUCUAAAGCUUUGCAAGGUCCCUUUCAUCUUAACACUUUGCGCACCGCUCUGCCUCCCCAGCUUCCCACUGUGCCUGACUUUUCAGUUAAUUGGGCUCCACUGCCGCCACACGAGCGGCCGUAACCGAUACACACCGCCAGCUAGAUAGGAGCUCCAGUACUGGGAAAGGAGUCAGAACAAGGAUGAUACAAAACUGAGAGAACUUCGUCAAAUGAGCAUACCAGAUAUUCAAGAAGGUUUGAUCAAAGUCAGGUGCGUCCGGAAUGUCACCCUAUCCCCUAUGUAGUGCACUACUUUUGACCGGUGUCCAUAGGGAGUAGGGUGCCAUUUCAGACACAGACAGUGUGGUAGAAACAACCAGGACAACCUCCCGCUGUCGUUGGCCAACAUCAAAGGGGUUUUAUUCAUAAUGGAGUGUGUGAGAAUGCACGUAUAUCUGUUGGUGUGUGCUAGAGACUAUCCGACUGUGCAUCUACGUGUGUGGAAGCGACUAAUCUUCCCUCCUGCCUGCGUCUCCAGCCGUGAGGUUCGAGACAGCGGCCGAGAAAGAGAAGUGAAGAGAGAGGGAGGGAGCGAGGGCUGAGCUGAGAGUAAAGAUGUGGCUUUGUAUGGAGGCCUCAGAAGCCUCCUACCCCCCCCAGAGAGAGGGUGCUCUGGGGGUCAGCCAAGGCAGCCGGCCCUGGGAAGGGACCAGGGCUGUGGCUGUUCUGGUCAGUGGCUCCAGACCUGCAGCUGGGCUGGGUUCACUCGGGGAGACGGAGGGAGCAGAGAGUGGGUUUUGUCAUAGUUUUCCCCUGUUAUCUUACUAUCUAUUUGUAGUAGAAUAGUAUAUGUGGUUCCAUUAAGUCUUAGCCAGACCCUAGCCUAGCAUAGAACACAUCUUGCAACAACAGAGUGACUCAACUAAUGCCCUUUGAGAGCGUACAGUCCCCUAGUCUUUUCAGAUCUGAAACUGUUCCCAGUACAGUUACUGUAGCCCCCUCCUCCUCUCUGUCCCCCCUCUCCUUGUCCCUGUUCCCAGUACAGUUACUAUAGCCUCCUCCUCCUCCUCUCUGUCCCCUCUCUCCUUGUCCCUGUUCCCAGAACAGUUACUAUAGCCUCCUCCUCUCUGUCCCCUCUCUCCUUGUCUCUGUUCCCAGAACAGUUACUAUAGCCUCCUCCUCCUCUCUGCCCCCUCUCUCCUUAUCUCUGUUCUCAGUACAGUUUGUCCCCUGCUCUAAGGUUCCACUGGGCCACGUCACUCUAUGCUGCCACUGACCCCAUGUCCUGGAGACCGGAGGCUGGCCAGACUCAGUGGGCCUGACCGACUCACUGACCAAGACACUGUCUAGGUCUCUCUUUCUGGAGUCCCUCGCACCCUUUUCUGAGUGUCUUUCUCUCACCCUCUCUGGAUCUCUUUCCCUAACUUUCAUCUUCGUCUUCCUUGGCCUGUCUGCCUGGAUCCAUUGUGCCUGCCGUGUGUGUGUGUGUGUGUGUGUGUGUGUGUGUGUGUGUGUGUGUGUGUGUCUGUGUCUGUGUCUGUGUGUGUGUCUCUUUCUCCCUCGCCUCCCUACUGAUCGCUCUAGAUAGGGUCUCUCAGCCUCAGCAACCACUCCAAGAUUGGCUCCUCUCUGACACAGUCUAAAUAUUUCCCACAGAUGUUUGAAGUAUCUCUGUUAGAAGCAUUUGGAUGGUCUCAGUGUUCACUCUGUGUUGUGACGGUGGUAGUGUGUGUUGAUUAGGACCUCUGGGGAUAGUAGUGUGUUGACCAGGAGACCUAUGGGGAUAGUAGUCUGUAUUGACCAGGAGACCUAUGAGGAUAGUAGUCUGUAUUGACCAGGAGACCUAUGGGGAUAGUAGUCUGUAUUGACCAGGAGACCUAUGGGGAUGGUAGUCUGUGUUGACUAGGAGACCUCUGGGGAUGGUAGUGUCUUGACUAGGAGACCUCUGGGGAUGGUAGUGUGUUGACCAGGAGACCUCUGGGAAUGGUAGUGUGUUGACCAGGAGACCUCUGGGGAUAGUAGUGUGUUGACUAGGAGACCUCUGGGGAUGGUAGUUUGUUGACCAGGAGACCUAUGGGGAUAGUAGUCUGUAUUGACUAGGAGACCUAUGAGGAUAGUAGUCUGUAUUGACCAGGAGACCUAUGGGGAUAGUAGUCUGUAUUGACCAGGAGACCUAUGGGGAUGGUAGUCUGUGUUGACUAGGAGACCUCUGGGGAUGGUAGUCUGUGUUGACUAGGAGACCUCUGGGGAUGGUAGUGUGUUGACCAGGAGACCUCUGGGAAUGGUAGUGUGUUGACCAGGAGACCUCUGGGGAUAGUAGUGUGUUGACUAGGAGACCUCUGGGGAUGGUAGUUUGUUGACCAGGAGACCUAUGGGGAUAGUAGUCUGUAUUGACCAGGAGACCUAUGGGGAUAGUAGUCUGUAUUGACCAGGAGACCUAUGGGGAUGGUAGUCUGUGUUGACUAGGAGACCUAUGGGGAUGGUAGUCUGUGUUGACUAGGAGACCUAUGGGGAUGGUAGUCUGUGUUGACUAGGAGACCUCUGGGGAUGGUAGUGUCUUGACUAGGAGACCUCUGGGGAUGGUAGUGUGUUGACCAGGAGACCUCUGGGGAUGGUAGUGUGUUGACCAGGAGACCUCUGGGGAUAGUAGUGUGUUGACUAGGAGACCUCUGGGGAUGGUAGUUUGUUGACCAGGAGACCUCUGGGAUGGUAGUGUGUUGACUAGGAGACCUCUGGGGAUGGUAGUGUGUUGACUAGGAGACCUAUGGGGAUGGUAGUCUGUGUUGACUAGGAGACCUAUGGGGAUGGUAGUCUGUGUUGACUAGGAGACCUCUGGGGAUAGUAGUCUGUAUUGACCAGGAGACCUAUGGGGAUGGUAGUCUGUGUUGACUAGGAGACCUAUGGGGAUGGUAGUCUGUGUUGACUAGGAGACCUAUGGGGAUGGUAGUCUGUGUUGACUAGGAGACCUCUGGGGAUGGUAGUGUCUUGAAUAGGAGACCUCUGGGGAUGGUAGUGUGUUGACCAGGAGACCUCUGGGAUGGUAGUGUGUGUUGACCAGGAGACCUCUGGGGAUAGUAGUGUGUUGACCAGGAGACCUCUGGGGAUAGUAGUGUGUUGACUAGGAGACCUCUGGGGAUGGUAGUUUGUUGACCAGGAGACCUCUGGGAUGGUAGUGUGUUGACUAGGAGACCUCUGGGGAUGGUAGUGUGUUGACCAGGAGACCUCUGGGGAUGGUAGUGUGUUGACCAGGAGACCUCUGGGGAUAGUAGUGUGUUGACCAGGAGACCUCUGGGAUGGUAGUGUGUUGACUAGGAGACCUCUGGGGAUGGUAGUGUGUUGACCAGGAGACCUCUGGGGAUAGUAGUGUGUUGACCAGGAGACCUCUGGGGAUGGUAGUUUGUUGACCAGGAGACCUCUGGGAUGGUAGUGUGUUGACUAGGAGACCUCUGGGGAUGGAUGGAGGAAAGGUUUUGGUAUUGUUGUGUCACACUCAAGGCUGGGAGUUUGUGGAGAGGUCAAUCCCACACAUGCCUAAAGACACACAUGUGUUUUAACAUGUAUUCCCAUUCAAAAUGUCCCUUGUUUUACUAUCCUUGUAAGGACUUCUGGUCCCCACAGGACUUCUGGUCCCCACAAGGAUAGUAAAACCAAACACACACUGUGUGAGAGAGAGAGAGAGAAUGCCGAGCCUACAUAUUAUAUAUAUAGAUAUAUAUAUUACACACACACUUUUAAUUACUAAUUCAAUGCCACUGGGGAUGAGUAUGAAGGUCAACGUUGAAGUUUAGUGUUAAUUUAUGACGUUCAUUUUUAGAUCCAGGAUAUCAAGUCUUGACGUAAUGUGGAGUUGUAUUCAUUCACUCCAUGUUCACAUUUGGAUUCAUGGUAGCACCAGUUUUAGAACCGAGUUGGUUAGUUUACUGUAUACUCACCACAUCUCUGUGGUCUUCUGCCCACAGGAGAGGCACCCCAGCGUCAGCCCUGCGUCCGGGACACAGUGAAGACUGCUACAGACAAGGCCAAGACACUGGCCUCGGCCGCCACCCCACAGAAACAGCCCCAGCAGUACGUGUGACAACAGGAACGUCCACCGCUACCGGCUGGAACCAGGACUGGAAUGGGACUCUGUGCACGCAGGGCAGGCACAAGCAACACAUUCACAUGAAACACACAGGCCAAUUUGUGAAGAAAAAUAUCAGAAUUGAGCUGCC